AUGUCUUCUGUGGAAGACCUACAUCUCCGUAUUCAGCAACUAGAAGCAGAGAAUGAGAAGUUAAGGAACGACUUAAAAAGAGCCUCUCCAUCUACCAACCAACUGUCAGACCAAGAUGGACCAUCUAACGAUCCAGACUUCUCGCUCGAAGAGUUCAGACGGUAUGGUCGUCAAAUGAUCGUUCCUGAGUUCGGUUCCCUACCGGCUCAGCGAAGGCUUAAAAAGGCCAAGAUACUUGUCAUUGGUGCUGGAGGACUUGGAUCUCCCGCCUUGCUAUACUUGACUGCUGCUGGUGUUGGUCGUAUCGGUAUUGUGGAUAACGAUACGGUUGAUAUCAGUAACUUGCACAGACAGGUGAUCCAUACUUCUGACUACGUUGGCAGACUCAAGUGUGACUCAGCUAAAUCAUACUUGAAUCGUUUGAAUCCCCAUGUUGAUAUUGUUACACAUCCUGUGAGGCUCGAUAAUGGCAAUGCGUUUGGCAUCUUUGCUCAGUAUGAUCUAAUAGUCGACUGUACUGAUGCACCAGCUAUACGCUAUCUAAUCAAUGAUGUGGCUGUUUUGAGUGGGAAGACUGUUGUUAGCGGUUCUGGAGUCAAAACAGAUGGUCAGUUUACUAUUCUUAAUCUUAACAAUACUGGACCAUGCUAUAGGUGUUUCUAUCCGCAGCCACCCAAACCAGAAUCUGUUUCGAGUUGUGGCGACGCUGGAGUCUUUGGACCUGCUAUCGGCAUGACAGGCAUCUCGCUUGCUACUGAGACUUUGAAAGUCUUGACAGGCUUCUAUGAAGAAAAGUUUACCCCUUUCCUUGCAAUGUACACAGCAUUUCCACAGCAAGUGCUCCGACAGUUUAAGAUGAGGAAUAGGCAAGCCACUUGCGCUGUCUGUGGAACACAACCGACGAUAACAAAGGAAGCAAUAGAAUCUGGUGAGAUAAACUACGAGGUCUUUUGUGGUUCUGUGAACUCGAAUGUAUUGACUUCCAAACAAAGGCUUGAUGCCAUUGAUGUUUCACAGAGAUUGGCGAACGAAAAGAGCUCAUUAUUACUUGACGUUCGCCCUCCCGAGCAAUUUAAAAUUGCUCAAAUUGCCGGCGCUAUUAAUCUAGACUGGGUUCUGCGAUUGUCGAAGCUCGAUUCGCCAGAUUCAGUUGUACCUGAGACAUUCGACAAAUCAAAUGAUAAUUUGUAUGUUAUCUGUCGUUAUGGUAACGACUCGCAGCUUGCAACCAAGAAACUCAUUGAUGAAUUUGGCUUUAUGAACUGA